UUGGUUCCGACAGAAUUGGACGAUUUUAUCGUUUUUUUAUUGUGAUAACACAAAAUGCGUUUACGAUUUUUAAAACAGAAAUCGGUAUUUCUGAUUGGUUUCGGGAUUGGCUUUGUUAUUCCGUUAUUAUUUGUUUUAUUAAGAAAUAUAUUUGUGAUUGAUUCUAUCGUUGAUCAAGAUCCAUCAUUGUGGCAACCUGAAUACUACCUGAAUAAAAAACUUCAUCACGAAGAGAUUAUUUUACAGUUUUGGAAAAAGGUGAAUGAGACAACAGAUGUUAACAGUAUUACAUAUCAUACUUGGUUAGCAACACAAAAGUUGAAAUUAUACCAAAUUGAUUUGGAUGAGUACUUGUAUGGUCGACAAGAAAGAGAUGACAAAAAAAAGAAACAUACAGAAUGGCACUGGUUAAAAAAACAAGUGUCUAUCACAUGUGUGAUUUUCGUGGAAACGCUCAAGCUUGGAAAAUCAAUCAAGGCUACUUGGGGCAAACACUGUAAUAAUGUAUAUUUCUUUGGACAUCGCUUGAAGAAUGCAGAAUUGCCUAUUAUUGAUGUAAAUAUAAAAAUUGUGUCUUCUUGGCAACUGUUGUGCGAAGCUAUGAAUUAUAUUUGGAACCAUCAAGUAGACAAACUACAGUGGAUUAUAUUUGUGAAGGACAAUACUAUAAUUAUACCAGAAAAUUUGCGCUAUAUGGUUGCUUCACUGAAUUAUACACACGACUAUUAUUUGGGUCAUUCAGUGAUUCUGUGGGGUCAGGCUUAUAAUGUUGCUCAAUCCGGAUAUGUUCUUAGCAGAGGAGCACUGAAUAAAGUAGUGCAAAUGUUCAAUAGUACGGAAAAAUGUAUUAAGGGAGGAAAGUAUUGGAAGAAGGAAGAUUAUUAUCUCGGAAAACAUCUGUCGUCUUUAGGCAUACAUCCGUCUGAUACCAGAGAUCAGUACUUAAGAGGUACUUUCCAUGGUUACUCUUUACAACAUCUUUUAUGGGGUGUUGUGAAACCAGACAGCUAUUUCACACGUGCUGUAUAUCCGAUAAAAGGAGAAUGCUGCUCGCCGAUAUCCGUGACUUUCAGCGUUAGUGAAUCCAAUAAAAUGCACAUGCUAAAUUAUUUGUUGUAUCAAUUGCAUGUAUUAAACAGCGAAAGCCGAUUUGGUAAUGUUUCUGCUAAAGUUCGAGUACGUGAAGAAGAUUUUAUAUUCCAGGUUUGGAAAGUUGCACUGCAAGAAGAAUUCAACAUCACGCAUUUAAGUGAUAUAUCCAGUGAUGCUUAUUACGAAAUAUGGCAUUCGAGAUAUUCUGAACCAGGGCAGUUAAAAAUUGCUCAAAAUUAUCGGACACCGAUCCCGCUAAAUUGUUUACUAACGAAUUACAAAGAGGAAAAGUCAUCAGCGCACAAUUGUAGGGCUAAAAGUGUCAACAGUACAAAAAACUGAAUGAGUUAUUUAUUAGAAUGCUAGUUUGUUAUAGUUAUCAAAAAAGUGUGUACACAAAAGUUCAAGAGUGUGAAUAUUUGUGAUAUUCCCUGUUUGUAUAUAUGAUUACAUAAAAUGAUAUAAC